CUCAGCUUGCUCUGCCUAUCAUUGGGUCAUCCGCACCCGCUUGAUCCACUCACGCCCUCUGAAAUCUCCGCCAUCCGCAGCAUCAUCAAAUCCUCUCCGCUCGGCUCCUCCAUGAAUUCAAGCACGGGCUUCCACUACGUCGGUCUGGAAGAACCCGACAAAGCAACCUUCCUCUCAUGGAAGUCCAGGCCUGCCGCCCACCCCAUCCUUCCUCGCCAGGCAUUCGUAAUACUGCGCUCCGGCGGCCAAACCCAUGAGCUCUACAUCGACAUCGCCAACAACUGUAUCGCGUCGCAGCACGUGCGCUUGGGAAAUGGCUACCCACUGCUUAACAUGGAGGAGCAGGAUGCUGUGUUAUUGCUACCCUUCAACUACACUCCCUUUGUGGAGUCUGUGAAAAGGAGAGGGGUUGAGCUAAGCGACAUCAUCUGCAGCACAUUCACCAUUGGGUGGUACGGCAAGAAGGAAGGGCGGAGACUGAUCAAGCUGCAGUGCUUUGUGGCUGGCGAAACGCCUAAUAUUUAUAUGAGGCCUCUCGAGGGGAUAACAAUGUUGGCUGAUUUGGAAGCCAUGGAAAUUAUGGAGUACAAGGACCGUUUCAUUGUUCAGGUGCCGGCGGCGUCUGGGACGGACUACAGGGCUUCGAGGCAGAUGCCACCCUAUGGGCCAAGAGGGAAGCAGGUGGUGGUGGCGCAGCCGGAGGGGAAGGGCUUUAUAAUCAAUGGCAACAUAGUCAGAUGGGCAAACUGGGCUUUCCAUGUGGGAUUUGAUACUCGGGCUGGUAUGGUGAUAUCCGAUGCCUCAGUCGCUGUCGAGAAUGGGGAGAGAAACAAAUAUCGUAGCGUUCUCUACAAAGGAUAUGUCUCGGAGGUGCAUGUACCUUAUAUGGACCCAUCGGAGGAGUGGUAUUUCAAAACAUUCUUCGACAAUGGAGAGUACGGGUUCGGGCCACUAUCAUCUUCCCUUGUGCCGAUGAUUGACUGUCCGUCCAACGCCGAGUACAUGGACGGCUAUUAUGCUAAUGGCGAUGGCUACCCGGUGCUGAUUCCUAAGGUCUUCUGCAUCUUUGAACGCUAUGCAGGGGACAUAUCUUGGCGCCAUACAGAAAUGAUGCUUCCAGAAAAGGUGGUAAGGAGCUAAUUUAUGAGCAUUUUC